AUGAGAGCCAUCCCCUUGCGUCACUGCUGCACAGAGAGUGAAAGAAGAGCUUUGCUUGCCAUCAAAGCAGACACCUAUGAUUCUGACCGACGCCUCUCUUCUUGGGAAGGCCAAGACUGCUGCGGAUGGAGAGGAGUCGGCUGCGACAAUAGCACCGGUCAUGUGGUAAAGCUCGAUCUCAGGUACCCCUAUGACUUUGAUGCCCAGUAUGAAACUGGAAAGUUCCCAAGAUGGUUUUUACAUGCCCGCGAACUUCACUGGCUCUCCCGCAUCCAUUCUCUGCAGUUCCUUGACAUGACUUUUGUCAACCUCUCCAUGGCAGCCAAUUGGCUUCAUGAGAUUAACAUGCUCUCUUCUUUGUUGGAGUUGCAUCUGUCUGCUACCAACCUCCCUUCUAUCCCUGGUACUCUAUCCCAUGUCAAUCUCACAUCUCUUAGAGUGCUUGAUCUUUCUUUCAAUGACCACAUCAAUACUACUGUAUCCCCCUUGUUGUUCAAUAUUAGCAGCAGCCUUGUGCACCUCAAUCUUGGAGGAUGUGGUUUCCAUGAUAGGCUACUUAUUGCCAUAAGGGAUCUACGCAACUUGCAGCAUUUAGAUUUGUUUUAUAAUCAAAUAACCAAAGAGAUUUUUCAGAACUUGGGAAACCUCAGCCACUUGGAGUAUUUAGACUUGUUCAAUAACCAAAUUACCGCAGAUAUUUCGGAAAUGCUACCAAAGUUGGAAAACCUCAACCACUUGGAGAAUUUAUUGAUGGGUGACAAUCAAAUCACUGGUGCUAUACCAAAGAGCAUUGGGAAUCUUCACAGCUUGGUGGAAUUAGAUUUGUGGGGAAACAAUAUAAGUGGUGACAUACCAAAAAGCAUUGGAAACCUUGUACAACUGCAAGAAAUGGAUUUAUCAGAUAACAUGAUUAGCGGAGAGAUACCAGAUGUUUUCGACAAGCUUCAUAGUCUACGUGCUUUGUGGUUAAGCGAGAAUCGCAUAAUUGGAAAAAUACCAAGAUCUAUAGGAAAUCUUUGCAAGUUGAACAGUCUAGAUAUAUCUCAGAACAAUAUUAAUGGACAAAUUGCAGAUAUCAUAGAAGGUUGGUCUAAAUGCAUAAAAAAUACACGGGAUACAAACAGCCCUUCAUACGGUCUAACAUUUCUAGACAUGAGUUACAACAACUUGAGUGGGGUGGUCCCAGAAAGUCUGGCUCAGCUUUCUACACUACAAGAACUGAAUUUUGCCUCAACCUUCUUUACAGGUUAUUUGACCGAAGCCCACUUUGCCAACCUUACAAGACUAGAAGGCCUGGAUAUAUCUUACAACUCAUUUGAAGUGAUCCUAAAUGAUGAUUGGAACCCUCCUUUUAAUGCUCGACAGAUUGAUAUGCGCUCUUGUCAUUUGGGACCGAAAUUUCCUGCCUGGCUUCGAACCCAGACAAAUUUGACUUGGCUAGAGCUCUCAGAAAAUAGCAUUUCAGAUGACUUCCCUUCUUGGUUUUGGAAUCUACAAUAUGUCACAUAUUUGAAUGUUUCUCAUAAUAGCAUGACAGGAAAACUACCAACUUCUUUGAGAGGCCAGCAAUAUGAAUAUAUUGACAUGAGUUCCAACAACUUCCAUGGUCUACUACCUGAAUUGGACCCUUUUCAACUAUUUUUUAUAAAUCUAUCCAACAAUUCAUUUGAGGGACCUAUUCCCUUGAGCUUUACUAGAGCUAUGGAACUCGAAAUCCUUUUAUUAUCCAACAAUUACAUCAAUGGGAGCAUUCACCCAUUCAUUUGCAAUCUCACUCAUCUGGCUGUUCUUGAUUUGUCCAAUAACAACUUGUCUGGAAGACUUCCAAAUUGCUGGCAUAAAUCAAAGCUAGGGAUUGUUGACUCACAACAAGACAACUUGUUAGGGCAUUCUCAAGUGUCCAUGACUGGUCCUAUUAACCUCCAAUCCUUGCACAUGAGAAACAAUGGUCUCUCUGGAGAUCUUCCUUUAUUCUUGAGAUAUUGUAAGCAACUGGCGACUCUUGAUCUUAGCGAAAACAGGUUCUCAGGUAACCUUCCAUUAUGGAUUGGAGAAAACCUUGUGCAAUUGAGAGUUCUUUCUUUGCGAUCAAAUUUUUUCAGUGGUAAUAUACCAGAGCAACUAUCAUAUGUUACUUCUCUUCAAGUUUUGGACCUUGCUUGCAACAAUUUCUCAGGUGUUUUGCCUCCAUCUUUUGGAAACUUCAGUGCAAUGAUGGCAACAGAGAAUGUGGACAGACCAAUGAUUUCAAAAAACUACAGCACUUAUUAUACAGAGAGCUUACUAAUAUUUACAAAAGGAAUAGAAAAUGAAUACACCAAGGUGCUUUCACUUGUAAUGAGCAUAGACCUCUCAUGCAACAAUCUUUCUGGAAUGAUUCCUAAAGAACUGGUGAAUCUUCGAGGACUGCGUUUCUUGAACCUCUCUAAUAAUCAUUUUAUAGGAAGGAUUCCAGAAAAUAUCGGUGCCUUGGAGCAGUUAGAAUCACUUGAUCUGUCAGUGAAUAAUCUCUCGGGCAUGAUUCCCUCGACACUAUCCUCCAUGUAUUCCUUAAGUCACUUGAACUUGUCCAAUAACAAUUUGUCAGGAAGUAUUCCUUGGGGCAAGCAGCUGCAGACAUUCUGUGAUCCCUCCAUCUAUAGUGGAAAUCCUGAUCUUCAUGGAUGGCCAUUACCAUGGUGCUCUAAUAGAGGCCCUCCAGAAAGUCCAUUUCAAACAAAAGGUCAAGAAGGGGAAUCUGAAAGCAGAGACAAGUCUGAAAAGAUAUGGCUUUAUGUUAGCUUUGCACUAGGCUUUGUUGUAGGGCUCUGGGGGUUCAUCUAUUUUCUUAUGAUCCAACAAGCUAUAAGGAUUACUUAUUUCCAAUUGAUUGAUAAGAUUUUUGAUUAUAUCUACAUGCAAUUGGCUAUAUGCUUUGCUAAGUUGAGGCGCAAUUUGAUGAACAACAUCCAAGGAUGA